ACCCUUGUACCAUGCUAACAACGCUUUUGGAAACAAUUGUGCAAAGUGCUGUCAUUUUCUAAAAAAAAUUGUAAAAAAAACCGCAUUUUAUCCUGUAUUAAAUGUUUUAAAUCAAGUAUAAGAUUAUCUUGGCAUCUUUUUAUACUGCAAAACGGCUUUAGCUCUUAACAGUAAAUAUAAAAUAUGGAGUCUUUGGACAUCACGCUACAAUUGGGACAGAUGCUGUUGGUGCAAACAGCCAGUGAAUUAUUGACAGGCACAUUAAAGUUUGUUGAUCCAAAGCGCAGGAUAAUUGAAUUAGAGAACCCUUAUGACCAGCGUUCAAAUUGUCAAUAUAACACGCCGCAAAUUUUAGCUUUUCCUCAAAUUAAAAAAUUACAGAUUAUAAGAGAAGAUGAACCUUCGAGUAACUCAAAUAGCUGCAGUGAUUCGAUUACAUCACCUGCAUCAUCAGAAAGUAAACUUGCAACAUCAGAAGAAAGUGAUAUCUCGCUUAGUACAUCUGAAUUAGAUCUGAUACACGAGCAACUAAAUUCGAUGGUAUACAUUACGCAGACUGAUCAGAAAUAUCACAAAGCAUUAGCAGACAUUCGUGUCCAACCAGUUGUUGCACUUAUUAUCGAGCCGGUGGACUAUGGUCGCGCACAUCGCACAUCCGUGAUGGUACUAGCCACGUUUCAAACCGUCUACAUAUUCGACAUUAUAGCAUUAGGUAGCAUAUUUCGGGAAAUGAAGCAUCUACUUGAGGCUGAGAGACCUCGGAAAGUGGUACAUUAUAGUCAUAAACUAGUUGAUCACCUUAAAUAUCGGCACGACGUUAAAAUAGGUGGAAUUUUCGAUACUUUUGUAGCGGUAUCUAUCAUACGAGGGAUCAAAGAACCAUUGACUUUAAUAGAAGCUGUUGAGAAGAUAUUAAAUGUAACUCAAAUUUUCUUUCAUCCUGAGGAAGAAAGCACUUUACCCAACGACCCAUAUAAACGGCCGCUGACUUUAGUAGUACGUCUACUAUUGGCAAAAAAAGCAAUAAUGCAAUUAAAAUUGCAUGAACAUCUUCUUCAUAAACACAUGCUGAAUAAUUUCUACAAUCAAUGUGAGAUAUUUUCAAAAACAUUUUGUGAAAGUGAAGAUGCCACUACACCUUUGGGAAUGCAACGUAAGAGUCGAGCUGGCUUUCAGCAUAUAAAACGUAGUGAAAAAGAUUUUGAUUUCAAAUUCAAUGAAUUAGCAGAAUGAGAAUGAAACCCUUUUCGUGCUGUUCAAUAUUUUGUGUAUUUAGAGUAAAUACAAAUUCAAGUGCGAUGCACCUAGUUUUUAAUUAAUUAACCAUAACUAAAAGUAUAACAUCAACAUCGUGCAUAAUGAUUAUUGGCUGUGAAAAAAAGCUUUGAAGCAUUACAAUAUCAAUAUUGCUCUCAGACGGUACGAAUGUAGGUUAAAUGUGUUCAUUUACUGUUAAACGAAGAAAUAAUAACAAAUAAACUAAUUUAAUUACAAUACCAUAAUUAGUGAAAUAAUUUAAAUUAAUAUCGUACUUAUAUAUUGACGUCACAACAGCAUAAAUGUAAUGGCAAUUAGAAGAGAGAUCAAAGCGAAAGGAUCUCGGUGUUGGACCAAGACCGGUUAUUUUGUUGGUGUGUUGAAUUCUAAGUGAAAAAACUAAGGACAUCGCAUUAAUUAAUUGCUGCGGUGGCGUUAAUACGUAAGAAUCAUUAUUUUUAAUAAAAGAUUUCAUAUUGAAAUAGUAUUUUUUUGAACUUUUAUAUGAAGUACAAACUUGAUUUAUUUAGCAUGCGAUUUUUUUGAUAUUUUUAAGUUUAAAAAUUGCAAUUAUAAUAUAAUUUUCAAAACUAUUUACAUUUUUAUAUGUAUUUUGAUGUUUCAAAGCUUAAACUUAAAUAUAAUGACAUACGCCUAUUGGCGCAUCAAUCCUCCCUUAGUUCAUUCUUUUAUGUUCUUUUAAAUCUACGAUAUAGGAUACAUUUAUAAGAAAACACAUGCUUAUUUGUAAAAUUUUCACAGUUAAUAGCAACCAGUUUCUGGAGAUAAUAUAUUUGCCGUUGCGAAUAAUUUAUUCUUUCAAUAACAGCUAAUAAAUUAGAAUAUAUUACUUGUAAGCAACUUCAAAUGACUGUAACCGAAACGGACCCGGCCGCUACAAAAACAAUAAAUUAAAUGAAAUGAUUAAAGAUUAAA